CGACAUGGGACGUUCAGACAUUCCUGCCGUUAUUCUGAAAUGCCUACAGAAAAUCGAGCCUGAUGCAUCGUACUCUGGUACCAUUCCCCGCAUUGAGUCCUCGUCCGGGAAGCGGUAUUUCGCCAAAGUCGGGUCAGCGAGCGAGAAGGACCAGUUCUUCGGCGAAGCGGAAUCCCUCAAUGCCAUAAAGAAAGCCGCUGCAGGUCUGGCUCCCCAGAUGUUUGCCUGGGGACUGGCAGAUAGCGACGGAGACGAAGCAACUUCCUCGCAGUCCAAUGCUAAACCAUAUUUUCUGUCCGAAUACAAGGACUUUAGCGGUUCUCUGACCGAUAAGGCUGCUCAGACCCUGGCCAAACGACUCGCUACGGAGAUGCACCGGUCCACCAGUGAGAACGGAAAGUUCGGCUUUGGGGUUCCGACAUUCUGCGGUGCGACGAGGCAGGAGAAUGGGUGGUCGGAUACCUGGGAGGAAUGCUAUGACAAGCUGAUUGGCGGGUUAUUGGAUGGUCUCGGGAAGAAGGGCAGGUUCACGGAGCUUUGUAGGAAGGGUGAGGAGGUCAGGAAGAGAGUGAUACCACAUUUGUUGAGAUCGUUGAAGAUCGAACCUGUGAUUCUGCACGGUGACCUCUGGAGUGGUAAUACGGGGACCGACCGAGUCACGGGAGAGCCUGUAAUCUUUGACCCGUCCUCCUACUAUGGACACAACGAAGCUGACCUUGCGAUCGCAAGAAUCUUCGGCGGUUUCCCGAGUUCUUUCUAUAACACCUACCACCAAAACCUACCGAAGUCCGAGCCUGCGGACCAGUAUGAGCUUCGAGCGGACCUGUAUGAAUUGUACCAUUACCUCAACCACACGUUGCUCUUCGGAGGCUCAUAUGCAGGGAGUGCGACUCACAAGAUGGAUAGAUUGCUGAGGGAGUGCCCAUGAAUCUAUGUAUACUUAGACUAAGAAGUG